GUUGCAGUUGCAAUUGGUUUGGUACCUUCACUUUAGAUUCCGCUUCAAAAUUUUGAUCUAAUUUCAGUUGGAUUUUGCCAGAUUUGAUAGUUUUCAUCUGGGUGUAGUUCAUUUUCUGCAAAAAUGGUGAAUCUGGGUGUGUUGUCGGGGAAGAAGUCCUUUAAAACGGUGAAUUUGAGCUUCAGAUUACCUUACUACACUCAAUGGGGUCAGAGCUUGCUAGUCUGCGGCUCCGAACCUGUGCUUGGUUCAUGGAAUGUGAAGAAGGGUCUGCUUUUGAGCCCUUUUCAAGAAGGUGGGGAGCUCAUAUGGAGCGGAAGAAUAGGGGUUCCAAGCGGGUUCGGAUGUGAGUACAGUUAUUAUUUGGUGGACGAUAAUAGAAAUGUUCUGAGAUGCGAGGAUGGAAAGAAACGCCCAUUGAAACUUCCUGAAGGGAUUGACGGUGGAGAGGUGGUGGAGCUUCGUGAUCUCUGGCAGCCUGCUUCAGAAACUCUCUUUUUCAGAAGUGCUUUCAAGAAUGUCAUAUUUCAAGAUAGUUGGGAUUUGGAUUCAGAAACACUCCUUUUACCCUUCCAGAAGAACCUUGAACCAGGAGAUUCUGUUCUCGUUCAUUUUAAAAUUAGCUGCCCAAAGAUAGAAAAAGGCACAUCAGUUUAUGUGAUAGGUAGCUCCCCCCGGUUAGGACAGUGGAAAAUUAAAGAUGGACUUAAACUUUGCUAUGCUGGUGAAUCGUUUUGGCAAGCGGAUUGUGAGAUACAGAAGGAUGAAUUCCCAAUAAAAUAUAGGUACUGUCAAAAUAGCCAGACAGGAAAUACUUCACUGGAAAUGGGUUCAAAUCGGGAGCUCUCUGUUGGCUCAAAAAUUCCACCAAGAUACAUUUGCCUAUCUGAUGGUGUCUUUCGGGAAAUGCCAUGGAGGGGUGCUGGCGUUGCAAUUCCAAUGUUUUCUGUCAGGUCAGAAGAUGAUCUUGGAGUUGGAGAAUUUCUUGACUUGAAGUUGCUUGUUGACUGGGCAGUUGAGUCAGGGUUCCAUUUGGUUCAACUUUUGCCAAUCAAUGAUACAUCUGUGCAUGGAAUGUGGUGGGACUCAUAUCCUUACAGUUCUCUCUCUGUAUUUGCCUUGCAUCCAUUAUAUCUGAGAGUACAGGCGCUUUCAGAAAAUGUACCUGGGGAUAUUAAGAAAGAGAUCUUGAAGGCAAAAGAACAGCUUGAUGGAAAGGAUGUUGAUUAUGAAGCAACCAUGGCUACUAAACUUUCAAUAGCCAAGAAGAUAUUCACCUUAGAGAAGGACUCUGUACUUACUUCCAGUUCCUUUGAGAAAUUUUUCUCUGAGAAUGAAGACUGGUUAAAACCUUAUGCGGCUUUUUGUUUCUUGCGUGACUUCUUUGAAACAUCAGAUCACAGUCAAUGGGGUCGUUUUUCUCAGUAUUCAAAAGAAAAGCUGGAGAAGAUUGUUUCAAAGGAUAGUGUGCACUAUGACAUUAUCUGCUUCCAUUAUUACAUUCAGUUCCAUUUACAUCAGCAAUUGUCAGAAUCAGCAGAAUAUGCUAGAAAGAAAAGAGUGAUCUUGAAGGGAGAUUUGCCCAUUGGUGUGGACAGGCAUAGUGUUGAUACAUGGGUUUAUCCAAAUUUGUUUCGCAUGAACACAUCUACUGGAGCACCUCCAGACUAUUUUGACAAAAGUGGACAAAAUUGGGGUUUCCCCACUUACAAUUGGGAGGAAAUGUCAAAAGACAACUAUGCUUGGUGGCGUGCUCGUUUGACCCAGAUGGCUAAAUACUUCACAGCAUACAGAAUAGAUCAUAUCUUGGGUUUCUUCCGAAUCUGGGAGCUUCCAGAGCAUGCACUCACAGGACUUGUUGGAAAAUUUCGACCAUCUAUCCCUCUAAGUCAGGAAGAGCUUGAGAAAGAGGGCAUAUGGGACUUUGAUCGCUUGAGCCGUCCCUAUAUCCAUCAACAAAUUUUACAGGAUAAGUUUGGAGCUUCUUGGAUGACUUUUGCUUCAAUCUUUCUGAAUGAGUAUCAGAAGAAUGGCUAUGAGUUCAAGGAGGACUGCAACACAGAGAAAAAGAUUGCUUCAAAACUUAGAUCACAUGCUGAAAGGUCCUUGUGGUCGGAGGGAGAAGAUAAAAUACGACGUGAUCUCUUUGAUCUUCUGCAGAACAUUGUUCUAAUCAGAGACCCAGAAGAUUCAAGGAAAUUUUAUCCUCGUUUUAAUCUUGAAGAUACUUCAAGUUUUAAAGAUCUAGAUGAUCACAGUAAAAAUGUAUUGAAAAGAUUAUACUAUGAUUACUAUUUCUAUCGGCAAGAAACUCUCUGGAGCCAAAAUGCACGGAAGACUCUGCCUGUCCUUUUGAACUCGUCGGAUAUGUUGGCCUGUGGUGAAGAUCUUGGUUUAAUUCCUUCUUGUGUACAUCCUGUUAUGCAAGAAUUGGGGUUAAUAGGUCUUCGGAUUCAACGUAUGCCAAGUGAACCUGGUCUGGAGUUUGGUAUUCCUUCUCAAUACAGUUCUAUGACGGUAUGUGCUCCAUCAUGCCAUGACUGCUCCACACUGCGUGCUUGGUGGGAAGAAGAUGAGGAAAGAAGACGUCGAUUUUAUAAGACUGUUGUGGGGUCUGAUGAUGUUCCACCUAGUCAAUGUGUUCCUGAUGUUGCACACUUCAUCCUUCGACAGCAUGUUGAAGCUCCAUCAAUGUGGGCAAUUUUACCUCUCCAGGACUUGUUAGCACUGAAAGAAGAAUACACGACACGACCUGCACCAGAGGAAACAAUUAAUGAUCCUACAAAUCCCAAACAUUACUGGAGAUAUCGUGUGCAUGUGAAUUUGGAAUCCUUGCUGAAAGAUAAGGAGCUUGAACAGAUCAUAUCGGAUCUUGUGCAUGGUAGUGGGAGAUCACAUCCUUCUAUUGGACGAGCUGAGGGUUCAAAGAAGCAGCAGGUCACUAAUGGGCAAGUGUAGCAGCAGCCCAGUUAAAUAGAAUUCCACGGAAGAAGACUUAAUGCUGUAAGCUCCGAGAA